AUGCCGCUGGCCGGGGGCGGAGGGGGCGGCCCCCCGCCUCUCUGCGCGCCGCCGCCGCUGCGAGGCGUGACUGCUGCUCCCCUGGCGGGCGGCGGGCACAACUGCGCGCCGCUCCGGUCUCUGGGCCCCGACUGGCGCGCGGCUGCGCCCGCCGCCGGCUUUCUGCCCUCGCCCGCCCCCGCGGCGGCCGCCCAUUGGCCCUGCCCCCUCCACCUGCCCUUCCCCUACCCCUCCCAGCAUCACUCCAAUCAUCCCGCGCCCGCAGCCGCGUCUGAAAACUCCCCGGAUAAUUAG